AUGGCAAUCAUUGUGAUUGUUUGUCGGAAAAGAAAAACGGCAACUACUACCGGCAAAAGCAAGUCUGGAGAUAUGCUUUCCAUAUGGAACUUUGACGGAAAGAUCGCAUUUGAAGAUAUAGUCAGCGCUACUGAAAAUUUCAAAGAGAAAUAUUGCAUUGGCGUUGGAGGCUAUGGAUCAGUCUUCAGAGUUGACCUUGAAGGGGGGACUACCUUUGCUGUCAAGCUCCUCCACUCGAUGGAAGAAUACAACGACGAGGGAACAUUUCAUGCUGAGAUUGAAGUGUUGACGAAAAUCAGGCACCGAUGCAUUGUCAAGCUGUAUGGCUUUUGUUCCCACUCCCAAUGCAAAUUACUUGUCUAUGACCUUAUCGAGAGGGGAAGUUUAUCAUCCAUAUUUCAUGACCAAGAGGUAGUGAAGGAAUUGGAUUGGCCCAAGAGAGUGACUCUUGUGAGGGAUGUAGCUCAAGCUCUCUCUUACUUGCACCAUGACUGCGAAGAUCCGAUCGUGCACCGCGAUAUAAAAAGCAGCAACAUUCUUCUGGACCAUGAUUUUAAAGCUUAUGUUUCCGAUUUUGGCAUGGCGAGGAAACUCAAGCAUGGUUACUCAAGCUGGAGCCCUAUCUUUGGAGGGACAUGUGGGUACAUAGCCCCAGAAUUGUCAUCUACUAUGGUGUUGACAGAGAAGUGUGACGUUUACAGUUUCGGUGUGCUUGCGCUGGAUGUUGUGAUGGGAAAGCACCCAGGUUAUCUGCUCCUUCCAUUCUACUGCCGAACAGAGCAGCCAGGGAAGUUCAAGGAUAUCCUGGAUCAACGCGUCGCAGCACCCUCAACCAUUGACGAGGAGAAGGAUGUCAUUUUGGUCGCCUUGGUUUCCUUUGUUUGCCUGCAAGUCAAUCCCAAAGCCCGGCCAACAAUGCAGCAGUAUAAAAAAUUGCAAGUAGCCAGUGAAGGUCUUGGACCUGAAGCACUCACACUCCAGAUGUGGCUGAUUGAGAAGGAUUUUUUUAAUCCAGAGGGUGCUGAUGAAGCCGCCGACUGA